GUGCUGUAGCACAGCAGUUGCAGGCUGUAUUCGGAGCCGGUAGUAUCGUUCGGUGGAAAGUUUAGAGGACGUAUGUGGCUAUAGAUAUAAAAGUUACUCGUAAAGAAUUACGUUGAAGAGCUAAACGUUCAAUAAGCUAAUAACAUCGACGACCUAGUGAAAUUAUUUAUUUAUCAGUUUCGAACAACUCAAUAUGGGUGAACAGAAGACUAUACCGAACGGAGUCAAGUUUUUAAUUGGUGGUGUCUCUGGAAUGGGAGCGACGUGCUUUGUACAGCCCUUGGAUUUAAUAAAGAACCGCAUGCAGCUCAGUGGCACAAAGGUUUCGACAGUCUCAGUGAUAUCUGGAAUCAUUAAGAAUGAAGGUUUCUUCUCGUUUUAUGCAGGCCUUUCUGCUGGGCUUAUGAGGCAAGCCACUUAUACCACAACCAGGCUGGGAAUAUAUACAUGGCUGUUUGAACUAGCCUCAAAAGAUGGGCAGCCAAAUUUUAUUACUAAGGCAGCUUUGGGUAUGGCUGCAGGAUGUGUAGGAGCUUUUGUUGGAACACCUGCUGAAGUCGCUUUGAUUAGAAUGACUGCUGAUGGAAGGCUGCCGUUAGCUGAGAGACGUAACUACAAAAACGUAUUCCAUGCCCUGUUUCGGAUUACUAAGGAUGAGGGACUUCUAACACUUUGGCGUGGAGCAAUUCCAACUAUGGGACGAGCUAUGGUCGUAAAUGCUGCCCAGCUAGCUUCAUAUUCGCAAGCUAAACAAGCUCUAUUAGAUACAGGCUACUUUGAAGAAAAUAUCACGCUUCAUUUCGCUAGUUCUAUGAUUUCGGGACUUGUUACAACUGCUGCAUCAAUGCCUGUAGAUAUUGCAAAAACAAGGAUUCAAAAUAUGAAGAUUGUGGAUGGUAAGCCAGAAUUCAAGGGAGCUUUUGAUGUUCUUGGCAAAGUUAUACGGAACGAAGGUCCUUUGGCACUCUGGAAAGGAUUCUUCCCAUAUUACGCUCGACUUGGGCCGCAUACAGUCCUAACAUUUAUUUUCUUGGAGCAGAUGACGGCCGCCUAUAAAACCAGGUUCUCAUAGUUUCUGUUAUCAUUAUUCAGGUGUACUUGUACUCUAUGUACUCAAGAAUUAGAAAAUCUCAAUGCUUUCUACCUGUUACGAAUCCCAACGUUAAGUUGAAAAUUUUAAAUCUUGUUAUGUAAAUUUGUGCCUCAUUAUUCAUUGGUCAUACAUUUAUCAACAUCCUACGCAAGGGAGUAUGAAAUUAAUCAUGUAAACUACUCGCACGUCUGAAUGAAAUAUGAAAAAAAUUAGCGUAAAAGUAUGUAUCUGACAUUUUUUGCACAGUGUGAAAUUUACAUGCCCAUCAUUUUGGGACCUAGUAAUUUUCUGUGAAGUUAUCAUAUCGCGUUUACGGAUAGCUGCAGAAGAUAAAUACUAUGAAUAAUACACACCCCGUCAAUCGUCGUUGCCUGGACGUUAGGAACGGCUAGAUGGAUACGCGAACAAUAUUACCCAGUCAGAAAUUCUAUUUGGUAAUGACAUAGAAUACCAUUUUCACAUUUAUUUUUGUAGUAUUCGUGUAAAAGAUGUUAUAGCAAAUGUGUACGGAGAUCUCAGGUGCCGUUGUACAGCUUCCAUUCGUGAUACAUAUAUCCGUAUAGAUUGUUCAAAUGUAUAUUCUCUACAAUGAAGGUUUAAUAAAUAUUGCGUUAAAAAGAGAA